AUGGCGCUCUUAAUGGUCUCCCAGGACUUGAGUAGCAGCGCUCCCCCCGCCGCCGAGCUCGGCGUCCCGUCGUACGUGUUCAUCCCCAGCAACCUCACCGCGCUCGCCAUCAUGCGCCGCAUCGUGGAGCUCCACGACGGCCUGCCCCCCGGCGAGCACCGCCGACCUGCCGUGCGGGUUCCAGAGCAGCAAGGAGCCGGUAUGGACGAAAAGUGGAUGUCAUUUUCAAAAAGUUUUGACCCUCUUAAACGUGCUGCAGACGCACCACAUGCUGGUAAGACGAGAGCAAAGGAAAACAUAAAGCCCCAGCUAGCCGUGGAUAUCGGUAUUGCAGAUGCAGGGAAGGCCGAUGGGAAGGGAGCAGAUCAGAAGCUAGGCGGGACUAGUGCUACAGAAGCAGGGAAGGCCGAUGGGAAAGGAGCAGAUCAGAAGCUAGCUGGGACUAGUGCUACAGAUGCAGGGAAGGCCGAUAAGACGAGAACAGUAGAGUACAACUUGAAUAUCAUUCGCUCAGCAUACAGGCUGUUCUCGACAUUUAAGGUACUGUUCGCGGACGGUUUAUUUAGCUUCGAGGACCGGCAGAAGAGCCAAGCCUUGUUCUCAGGUAAGGACGCCAAGUGGGCUUUCAAAGCCAUUGAGAUCGAGCUGAGCUUUGUGUAUGAUCUGCUCUACACAAAGGCUUCGGUUUCUCGCUCGAAAACUGGAAUGGCCAUCAGGCUCACUAGCCUGCUGCUUAUCCUUGCUGGCAGUUUGUACACCUUCUUUGUAACGGUGCAUGCAACCCAGUACCUGCGGCGCCAUACCUUCGUCACCUACACGCUCCUCGCAGGGGCUUUGGGUUCAGAAGCUGUCAUACUUGCACGUUAUAUUUACUCCGUCUGGUCUCUGGUGGGCAGUGAGUCUGACUCGCUGAAAUGCUGGUCUGUUAAUCUUGUGCAAGAUCGCAGCAGAUGGUCAGGGUGCAUGGCGCAGUCCAAUUUGAUCACGAUUUGCUUGCAAAAGCUUCCCUCGGAUGAUUGGUGGGAUUCAUUAUCGGCUAAAAUUUCUCGUCAAGGGCGGCCAGGCACUCCCGCACAGUUUAUUGUCCCAAACUUUGCAUCUUUGUUACCGACUCGGCAUGCCCAGCCUGGUGAAGCAUUUACUGCAACUGCAGUUCAGUACUUACAUAGGCCGUCCGUGCUGGAGCAACUGCAAUCUAAAAGCUUUUGGGAGAAGUUGGAUAUACCAGAUUACAUUUCAGUACGGGACAACCUCAAGGACUUCAUCUUUACGGAAGUUCAGGUGAAAGAGCUUAUUUUGAUUGCACGAGAGAAAAGUUAUCAAACAACAGGAAUAUCAGACACCUGUAAGCCAUUCGUCGAUCGUAGGGGUGACUGGGUGCUGGAGAAUGAAAAGGAGGAUGAUUGUUUGGGGUGGAGUUUCCAAGGGAAAGAAUUUGACGAGAGUCUGCUCUUAUGGCACAUCGCCACUGACCUGUGUUACCACGAAGAUCUUAAAGAGAUCCAAAGUAGCACCGGCCAACAAGUCAAUUCAGGAAAGGGCAGCACUGACCAGCAAACCAAGGAACAUAUGGAAAAUGGAAUGGAGAUAUCCAAUUAUCUGCUAUACAUCAUGGUGGUGCACCCACUGAUGCUCUCCUCGUCCACGACCAUGGCUACAAAGAGGUGCAGGGACACCUGCGCCGAAGCCAGGAGGUACUUCCUGAGAGAGCAUAUCCAGGCUAAGCUCGGUAGCGAGAAGAAUGCCUCGCCGUCGCCGGUGGAAGAGGACAAGAGCAACAAGUCGGUGCUGUUGGACGGGCGGGCCUCCCUGCUUAAGGUGAAGACGACGCUACGGGCAUCGGUGGUGAAAGGUGACAAGAGCAAGUCGGUGCUGUGGGACGGGUGCUUCCUCGCCGACCAGCUCAACCAGAUGAAGGACAAGGGUAAGAAAUGGCGAGUCAUAUCCAGGGUGUGGGUGGAAAUGCUGUGCUACGUAGCAGUGCAAUGCGGAGGAUACCAGCACGCGGAGCGGCUCAAGGAGGGCGGGGAGCUCAUCACCUUUGUCUGCCUCCUCAUGACCCACCUUGGCAUGGGAAAGCAUUACAGGACCGAGGUCGGCGACGCCUACGCGCACCUCUCGUCAUUUAAUGCUCAGUCAGCCUCCCGGCCUGCUCCCCCUGCACAAGCUGAAGGAGUCCAGGAGAAUGCAACAAUCUCAAGAGACGAAGCCUCCACGUCAGGCCACGGCAAGCAGGCUGCAACAGUCUCAAUAGAUGAAGCCUCUACGUCCGGCCAUGGCCACCCGUAAUGGUUUCCCUCUUGGUUUGCCAUCUGUGAACGGUAAUGGAUUGUUUACUAGUAGUACUGUUUACUACCUGUACAAGUACAAUGCAGAUGUUGAUGUUGAUUGCAGGACCUUCUUUGAUGUAACUGUGUUAGGUAAACCGUUAUGUUAUUUGUUCCUGAAGAUACUGGUAACUGGUUACAUGAUUUCUACUGUAUCUCAAUUUCUCUA